CUGCCCCAAGCGUGCCAGGGUACGGCGGGGCGCGGCAGCAUAUGAGCCAUGAGCGCCCCGACGACUUACGAGGAGCAGCUGUCCGUGCUGAUUGCAUUCUACCGUAGGCACGACAGCAGCAAAGGCGGCGAGGGUUGCCGCGCCAUCCUGGACAAGCGGCGUGGCGAGGCCCCGGUUGUUGCGCCCAGCGACUUCACCGAGCUGUGCGCCAAGCUGCAGCAGAAGUACGGCGAGAACCCACUUCGGCCACCAGGUGCCUCUCGCGAGGUGGACGGAGCAGUGCCCGUGACGCUGAACGCUCAGGUCGCAGCCCUUGACGCGUUUUACGCCAGGCAUGACCCCGCCAAGGUGGGGGAGAGCUGCAGGGCGAUGGUGGACAAGCGCCGCGGUGCGGAGCCAGCGAUGAGGCCUGACGGCUUCCGCGAGCUCUGCGCCAAGCUGCAGCAGAAGUACGGCGAAAGCCCACUGCGGUCACCAGGUGCCUCUCGCGAGGUGGACGGACCAGUGCCCGCGACGCUGAACGCUCAGGUCGCAGCCCUUGACGCGUUUUACGCCAGGCAUGACCCCACCAAGGUGGGGGAGAGCUGCAGGGCGAUCGUCGACAAGCGCCGCGGUGCGGAGCCAGCGAUGAGGCCUGACGACUUCCGCGAUCUCUGCGCCAAGCUGCAGCAGAAGUACGGCGAGAGCCCGCUGUUGUCGCCCGCUCGCACCGAAGUGACGAAGCCUGCAACGCCCUCCAGGGCAGCAGCCGCUGCUGGCCUGGUGGCCUCGGCCGUCCGAGAUGCCGCGCCCUCUGGUGCUGCCGCGGGGGACGCUGGCACGCCUAGUUCCGCCGCUGGCGGAGCCACGGCAUCUCCCGGAGCCGCGGUCUUAGCAGCUGCUGAGGUCAGCAGUUCUCCAUACGCGGGAGCUGGAACGCCUCCUGGGGCCGUGGCUGCCACCGCUGCUGGCCGAGGAAGCCCAUCUGCCGGCGCAGCCAAGACGCCGUCGGCCAGCUCUGGCUCGCGGGCCGCCGAGAGCGCGGCACCCCCAGGCGCCUGCGCCGCCGAGGCGCCUGCGGGCGUCAGUGCGCCGGCCGGUGCCGCAGGUCCAGACGCUGCUGGAGCCGCGACACCCUCGAUGGCUGCUGAGCAAGCUGCUGCCAGCUGUGCAAGUCCGACCGCCAACGGCUCUGGUGGGGUGCCCUCAACUCUGGCAUCCCAGUUUGCAGUUCUGGAUCGAUUUUAUGCCAAGUACGAUCGCGCCAAGGCUGGCGACAGCUGCAGGGCCAUUCUGGAUACGCGGCGCGGCGCCAACCCAGCGAUGAGGCCAAGCGAUUUUGCUGAGUUGUGCGCCAAGCUGCAGCAGAAGUAUGGCGAGAACCCUCUGGCCCCGCGGGCGGCACACUCGAACGGGUCCGCGGCUGCAGUUGGCGUCGCCACUUACGCCAGCGCUGGACAUGGGGUUGUGCCGCUUACGUACGAGGCACAGCUGAGCAUCCUGGACAGUUUCUACGCCAACUGCGACAAGCAGAAGGUGGGUGCUGGCACGAAGGCGAUCCUGGACCAGCGCCGUGGCGCCUCGCCGGCGCUUGAGCUUGGCGCCUUCGCGGAGUUGUGUUGCAAGAUCGCUGACAAGUACGACGCGAGCCCGCUGGAAGCGCCAGUGCCGGCAGACGCGCAGGCGCAGCUGGCGAGCCUCAACCGCUUCUACGCCACUCACGACAGCAGCAAGGUCGGUGCUGGCAGCCAGGCGAUCCUGGACGCACGGCGCGGCGGCAACCCGACGCUGGGGCGCGCGGCUUUCUUGGAGCUGUGCUGGAGGCUUCAGGCGAAGUACGGAGAGAACCCGCUCCUCGCUUGAUGCCCUGGGCCCCGCUGCCACGCCAGGAGGUGCCCUUUGCGCUGCGUUCGGCCCUGGUCUGGUCUAUCUCCAAAGGUGGACUUUUUACGUGCGGCGUUUCAGAAAAA